ACCGGAAAAACGGCGUAGUCAUUUUGAGUUCAAGCAGUUGUUUUCCGGAUAAAAUUCUUCAUCAACGAUGGCACGUUACGACCGGGCGAUCACAGUUUUCUCCCCGGACGGACAUCUUCUUCAGGUCGAGUACGCCCAGGAGGCGGUCCGAAAGGGAUCCACGGCUGUUGGAGUUCGUGGAACAGAUGUAGUGGUGCUUGGUGUGGAAAAAAAAUCUGUGGCCAAGCUUCAGGAAGAAAGGACUGUGCGUAAAAUUUGUCUGCUGGACAAUCACGUGGUCAUGGCAUUUGCUGGUCUCACUGCUGAUGCCAGAGUGUUGAUCAAUAGAGCACAAAUUGAAUGUCAAAGUCACAAAUUGACAGUUGAAGAUCCAGUAACAUUAGAAUAUAUUACUAGGUAUAUUGCAAGUUUGAAACAGAAAUAUACACAAAGCAAUGGUAGAAGACCUUUUGGUAUUUCUUGUCUUUUGGCAGGGUUUGAUUAUGAUGGUGUACCUCAUUUAUAUCAAACAGAACCGUCUGGUAUUUACUACGAAUGGAAGGCUAAUGCUACUGGUCGUAAUGCAAAAACAGUAAAAGAAUUCUUAGAAAAAUAUUAUACUCCUGAAGAAGUGUCUACAGACAAAGGUACCAUAAAACUGGCAAUUAGAGCGCUACUUGAAGUAGUGCAAUCUGGUCAGAAAAAUCUGGAGAUUGCUGUUAUGCGCAGAGGGAAACCUAUGCGAAUGCUGGAUUCAGAGACGAUUGGAGAAUACGUUACUGAGAUUGAAAAAGAGAAGGAAGCCGAGGCAGAAAAGAAAAAGCAGAAAAAGUGAUCACAUACUUUGUUAAAAACACAAUUUUAUAGAUUUUUAAUUCUUGCAAGAGUUUUUUUAUAAGGGAUGUGUAAAGGUGUUCAAGAUUUUGAGACUCCACAACAAACUUCAAAGCUGCGUCAGAUGUGGACAUGUGAAUAUAACAGCUGAUAACUGGUGCAACACUAAAAGUAAUUUUCUUAUUACAAAAUAAAGUUUUUGAAACUUA